GGGCAAUCUUUAAAAAAAAAACCUAGGCCCUUUUUCCUUCUUUUUUUUUCUUUUUCUUUUUCUUCCUCACCCGUUUUGCCCCUCUUUCCCCCUCCAUCUCUUAAGACGUCACAAGGACAUGAACAACAGGACAAAUGUUCGCUUGCCUCCGGAGGUCAACAGAAUCCUGUUUGUCCGCAAUCUUCCUUUCAAGAUCACAACUGAGGAAAUGUAUGAUAUCUUUGGAAAAUAUGGAGCUAUCCGUCAGAUCCGUGUUGGAAACGCCAAUGACACUAAGGGAACAGCAUUUGUGGUCUAUGAAGAUAUUUUUGACGCCAAAACAGCCUAUGAACAUCUUCAAGGAUUCAAUAUCAUGGGGCGGUACCUGAUCGUCCUUUAUUAUCAGGCUAACAAGGUCACCAAGAGAGUAAGCAUGGCAAAGAAGGAAGAAGAACUGAGGGAACUAAAGGCUAAAUAUGCAAUCUCGGAUAACCAAUAAGUGGUAGCGACGUUGGUGAUGGUGAAUGCAGAGGAAAUGUAGAGUCGUGAAGAUUUUGAAUCAAAGAAGCCUCUAUAUCUAUAAUGAUUGUUGAUUAUUGACUACAAAAAAAAGGAUCUCCAUGUAACAUAGCAACCAUAAACAACUAUUAUAACCAACUAUUAUAACUAACAACAACACAACCAAAGAAAAAAAAAAAAUACAAUGUG